AUGGCCAACACCAUGAUGCGCGGUAUCAUGUACCGCGGUGUUCCGGGUGAGAUGAGCGUGGAAAACAUAUCUUCUCCAACCAUUGUCGACCAGACAGAUGCUGUGGUGCGUAUCACCACCUCUGCCCUCUGCGGUUCGGAUCUGCACGUAUACCGUGGGUAUCAAGGCGGCGUCCCUCCUUGGAAUAUGGGCCACGAGGCGAUAGGCUACAUCUCCGAGCUUGGAAGCGCUGUUUCAGGUCUUGAGGUGGGAGAUUACGUAGUUAUCCCCGAUACUGUCGGCCACGGCCAGCUAGAGAUGAAGCCCGAGUCGCUGGACUUUUUUGGAAACGGCGCCGUCAUUGCGGACGGUCUUCAAUCCGAAUACGCUAGGGUUCGGUUCGCCGACUCGAAUCUGAUUCCCAUUCCCCUCACGGCCAACACAACCAACACGACCAUCGAACAGGAUUAUCUGACUGUCUCCGAUAUCUUUGCCACGGCCUGGGCUGGCCUCGACUUCUCAGGCUUCGAGACGGGAGACUCUGUAGCCGUGUUUGGGGCUGGUCCCGUCGGUUUGCUGGCGGCGUACUCGGCCAAGAUCAGGGGAGCCGCCAACGUGUUCGUUGUGGACCACGUGCAGGCUCGACUCGACCGCGCAGCCUCGAUCGGUGCCAUACCCGUCAACUUUGCUGAACAAGACCCCGCUACGCAGAUCCUGGCCAUGCAGCCUGGUGGUGUGAUGAGGUCCGUUGACUGCGUGGGAAUCGAGGCACUCAACGCCACUCUUGACCACGAACCGGACAUCAUCCUGCGGCAGAUGGUCAACGUGACGCACGUUGGGGGCGGCAUCGGUCAAGUCGGCGUGUACAUGGCACAGCCCGAUACCCCCGGCUCCCCCCUGGGAUCCACGUUCUCCCCGACGGCUGCCUUUCCGCUGUCUGACUUCUUCGGAAAGCGCCUUCAGUUUCAGGCCGGUCCCGUGGACGUGAAGCUCUAUGCUCCAAUGCUGGUCGAGCUCAUCAGAAGUGGCAAGGCACAGCCUCACUUCAUCGCCUCGGCAAGCAUCUCCAUUGAAGAAGUCCCGGAGUACUACGCCCGUUUCAACAAGCAAGAGGAGAUUAAGGUGUUCAUCUACUUUCCUCGAGAUUGA